GGAGAAGAGCAACCAUAAAUGGAAGCACAUACCUUCGACCAUACAACUCCAUCAACACCAAGAAAAAUGGGCACGUUCUUCUUCCUAAUCAUCCUUGCAUUGAUCACCAUUCCACCAUGCUCAUAUGCUUCGGCCCAGUCGACGCUAAGCACUGGCUCGUCCUUCUCUGUAGAAGAGUAUAGGCAGACCUUCCUUACCUCGCCAAAUGCUGAUUUCUCUUGUGGCUUCUAUGAAGUUGGAGGCAAUGCAUUCUCCUUCUCUAUCUGGUUCACCGCCACCGUGGAAAAGACUGUUGUAUGGUCUGCCAACCCCAAGUCCCCGGUGAAUGGCCAUGGUUCCAAGGUGUUGCUGAACCAUAAUGGAAACUUGGUUCUCACUGAUGUCAAUGGCACCGUUACUUGGGACAGCGGGACCAGCUCUGGUGAGGGUACAACGGUUUCCCUUCUCGACACCGGCAACCUCAUCGUCAAAGACUCCACUAGUAAAAUCUUGUGGGAAAGCUUCUCUUCACCGACAGAUACACUCCUGCCCUUACAGCUUCUCAGAAAAGGUACACGGCUAGUCUCCAGUUAUUACAGCCUCUAUUUUGACAACGACAACGUGCUACGCCUUAUGUAUGAUGGUCCGGAUAUAUCAAGUAUCUACUGGCCAAGUGCAGACUAUAGUGUGUUUGCAAAUGGACGGACUACCUACAACAGCUCCAGGAUUGCAGUCCUCGACACUGAAGGAUUUUUCCUUUCAAGUGAUGGGCUGAAUGCCAAGGCUUCUGAUUGGGGUGCUGGAGUCAAGAGAAGGCUCACAAUUGGUUAUGAUGGAAACAUCAGAAUAUACAGUCUGAAUGCUUUGACUGGGAGCUGGAUUGUAUCAUGGGAGGCUAUAACAGAAAUGUGCAGCGUGCACGGGAUAUGCGGACAAAAUGGGUUAUGUGAGUACAUGCCAAACCUCAGGUGUUCAUGUUCCCCAGGAUAUGAGAUGACUGAUCCUCAUAACUGGAACAGAGGUUGCCGGCCACAAUUCAACAAAAGCUGCAGCGAAACAGAACAGUUUGACUUCAUCAAGGUCCCUCAAAGUGACUGUUAUGGCUUUGAUCUGACCUACAACCAGUCCGUCUCGCUUGCUCAAUGUAAGAAGAUAUGCUUGGACAUCUGUACCUGCUCAGCAUUCACAUACAAGAUAGGAUCUGCACUUUGCUACACCAAAUCUAUACUCUUCAAUUGUUAUAGAUCCGCAAAUUUUCCUGGAGAUAACUAUAUCAAAGUACCCAAGAAUCUGGGUACCUUCAAACAGUCUGGUCUCACGUGUAAUCUGGGAAAUCCUGUGGUUGUUCAAGAGUCUGCAAGUAUGUAUGGAAUGAACUAUAGCAACAAAAGUUAUACUACUUACUAUGUAUUUGCAACAAUACUGGCAGCCCUAGUGUUGCUCUUUAUAGGUACAAGCUGGUCGUUUCUUUACAGCAAGCAAAACAUACCCAAGUCAAUGGAAGCAGGAUACAGGACAGUGAUGAGCCAAUUCAGGAUCUUCACGUACCGAGAGUUAAGGGAAGCUACUGGAAAGUUUAAAGAAGAGAUUGGAAGAGGAGCCUCUGGAAUUGUUUACAGAGGAGUACUUGAAGAUAAGAGAGUAACUGCGGUGAAGAAGCUAACAAACAUUUCACAUAGUGAGGAGGAAUUCUGGGCAGAAAUGAAUAUAAUCGGAAGGAUCAACCAUAUGAAUUUAGUGAGAAUGUGGGGGUUUUGCUCUGAGGGUCAACACUAUUAUUCUCCUAUCAAACACAAACUACUGGUGUAUGAGUAUGUCGAGAAUGAAUCACUCGACAAGUUUAUAUUUGGUGAUAUAAGUACUGAGAGAUUAUUUUCUUGGAGCCAACGAUUCAAAAUAGCAUUGGGAACUGCAAGAGGUUUGGCCUACCUCCAUCAUGAGUGCCUGGAGUGGAUAAUCCAUUGUGAUGUAAAGCCAGAGAACAUACUCCUGAGCCGAGAUUUUGAAGCCAAGAUAGCAGAUUUCGGACUAGCCAAACUCUCAAAGAGAGACAGUUCCAGUUUCAGCCUCGCCUACAUGAGAGGAACAAUGGGCUACAUGGCACCCGAGUGGGCGCUGAAUUUGCCAAUCAAUGCAAAGGUCGACGUAUACAGUUAUGGUGUUGUCCUUCUCGAGUUAGUUACUGGAAGUAGGAUCUCAAGUGGGAUAGCAAUGGAUGGUGAAGAGGUAGAGCUUAGUCGGUUUGUGCACACAUUGAAAGAUUUGCUGGUGAGUGGAGAUGUUAAGGAUAUAGUUGAUACUAGAUUGAAUGGCUAUUUUGAUCCGGACCAAGUGGCAGUGAUGGUGAAACUGGCUUUAUCUUGUCUUGAAGAAAGAAACCGCAGGCCUACAAUGAAUGAAAUUGUAAGAGCUCUGCUAGCAUGUGAUGACCAUGAUAAUCAUCCAGCCUACUCAUGGUUGACUUGUGAUAACUUAUUAGAUCUCGAUUUGUAAGAAUAAACUGUUUGCAUAUGGUGCGUGGUAUUUGAUAGUAAGAUAAA